CCCACCCAAAGCCUCUUUUUCCGUACGGCAUUUCCUUAAUUACCCGAUUUAUGCCUGUUAAAUUUAUUCCAGGUUUCAGAUUUUAGCGCACAAUCGGAAACCUCGGGCAGGUGGCCUUAAAAGUAGCAUCUUACGUGGCCCCAACAAUCUGCAUGUCCUCAAAAUUUUGAAGGCAGUUUAGUUUAGGACAUGCCUGGUUUUUCCAAAACCGCCACCACGUUAGCAACAUGCUAUAUUUUGAUCCCAGCUGAAACAAAGAGAAAUCACAUUGUUGUCCUGGGUAUUUGAUUUAUCUGUCAUUUGGCAUAGUACCUUUUAACUUUAGUUUUGGAGGCUACCCAAAUAUCUAGUCCAAAAAAACAGUUGGACUGAGAAUUCAAUUGUGGAAGAAAUCCAAAAUCCUGUCCUUUUCAAUUGGGCCACAGAGAAAUUUAUAGAGUGUUUGCGUGCAGGAAUACCCUCAAGAUUCAUGCACUCGUGUUAUUUGUCCUGUAUGUUGAAUCUUUUAACACUACCUUAAUUUUGGACCCAACAAUUCAUGAAGACUACUUACAGAAUAUCUGAAGCACCAACCUCUCUGGAGCUAGCUGCUGAUUUCAGGUGAGAGCAUUUUUAUAUGUCGACCUUGAAAGAAAUGAGCCAGAACAUUGUUCUUAGACAGAGUCAUAAAAAUGACCUGGUGAGAAAUCUUCACUUCAGUUCUGAAGAAAUUAGGGCCAGCGGUGUUUUUCCUGAAGCUCCAGAUAGGCCAUUAUUGAAGAAACAAUUGUUCAUCUCAGAAGCCAAUGCUAACUCAGAAUGGAAAGAAGUGAAUGGACGGGAACAGAAGACAGGAGCUACAAUGGAAGCAGAAAAUAAGAGUCAUUUUCUCGUGCUGACUGAUGAAGAUGAGUACUCUGAAUUUCUACAUAAUGAUAAUGUACAGAAUGGCAACUGGAUCAGCAGUGAUUGUGAUUAUGAUGGUGAUAUCACUGAUGAUGAGGAUAUUGCUCUUUGUGGAACAGGGGCAAUCGAUAAUGAGCAGCUACUGUUUGAUGCGGAUGCUGAUGAUGAAGAUGAAGAUACUGAUGAUGAUGGCAAUACUAAUAAUGAGGACAUUAAUCGUGAUUGUGAUGAAUCCUUUCUUUAUGAGAAGUCUGAAAGUUCUGUCUUUAGUGGAGAGUAUAAUGAGUACUGUGAGAAUACUCAACAUUUUCAGGAUAUAGACACAGGAAAAAAUAGUCUAAACUAUAUAACAAGUGAUGUGGAUAGUGAUAUAAAAGAUGAUAGCAUCAAUUUUAUGGCAAGGGAAAGCAGUCAAAUAAGCCCGCUGGGAGGUGAUUUAAAUGACAGUGAGAUGGAAAGUAUUUAUGUGAAUGUGGCCAACUGUUUGCCCCAAGAUUGCUCCAGUCAAGAAAUUCAACGGUAUUUUGAUCAAUCGCCAGAAUUUCGUUUUAGAUUACAGUAUCAAGUUCGUGUAAUUUUGCUUCAUCCUCUUUUUGUGCUGGGAGGCCAAAAACAAUCUGCUUUUCUAAAUAUUUACAAAAAAAUAUUUAGGAAGAACUUUCUAUCCAGUGGUUUUAGCUCAGUGAGAGACCUUUGCAAAGCAAUGCCACAUGUUGUGAAUGGAAAAUUGCUUGAUGAAAAAGGUGAAUUGUACCUGGUAGAGUCAUCAAAAAAUCUCAGAGUGGUAGCUGGAAUAAGAUCAGGAUUAAGGCGCAUUGUGUUCAAUAUAGUGCAAUCACAUCCUCUAGGCAUAUCAUCAGAUAAAUUUGAAGAGGAGAUCUAUAAUGAGAUUGGGAAGACCUUAACUGAUGUUCUUACAGAACAUGCAUAUGCCAAACCAAAAGUUGAGUGGAUGGUACGGGACAUGUUAGAUAUAGUGUUCUUUAAUUACACUGAAUCUUCUCAAACAAUAGUGCUCAGUAAUGAUGCAGAGGAUCCUGCCAUUACAGACGGACUCUUGAUUGGAAUAAGUAAUAGCAGUAGAAGAUUUAGUGGAGAUGCUUCAGGAAUGGACGUCAGCAGUGCGCGUGCAGCAAGUGGAGCUCCUAGAAUAACAGAUGAAUCUUAUGACUAUCAGGUCACAGAGAAGAAGAUAGAAGGUAAUCUGUUGCACCCUGAAAUCUAUGAUUCUGGAAAACCUUCUCAAAGUUUAAGUAAUGAACUACAUGCUGAUAAUUCUAUCAGUGAUGAUGUAAAUUGCCCCAGCCUUACUCAUCAAGCCAGAGUUUUUUGUGGACACAAAUAUAUGGAAACAACUGCAUAUUAUGAAAAAUCUAUUUCUUGUUCAGAGGAGUAUAUUAUACAAGUUAAGCUCUGUUUGAGACUGUUGCUUGCAUGCUGGAAUGGUGGAAACGGCAUAGAAGCCAGAAAUUUACAAGAAAUAUAUGAAAGGACAUUUGCAACAAAUUUAAAUUUAGAGGAGCUAGGUUUUACAUCUAUUGGAGAGCUAAUUAAUUGUUGGUCGGAUAUUGCUCUCUUAAAUGAUAACAAGCCAGGCAUUGUUUUCCUUCAGCCAUCUGUUGAAAACAAACGUAUUGUGAAGACAGUAGCCACUGGAUUUCGUGCAACAGUUUUAUCUGUGUUGUUAAACAGCUUUCCUGAUGGCAUGGAUAUUUUCACUUUUAUAAAGUCACUAAGUCAGUGUUGUGGGAACUUUCUGGAAGUUCUCAAAGAGAAUGGCUAUGUGUAUGCUGACAUGUCAGAGAUCAGUAGAGUUUUUAGAGUUGAAAGAUGUCAUUCUCAGCAGCAUAUCUCACAAACUCUCAGGUUAUUUUUUCACGACAUUUCAGAUUUUGUUCGCUUUGGAUGUCAAGAAGACGGCUCACUGGUUGUUAAACUAAGAAGUGAAAAAUUUCCCAUAUUGGACUUACCAGAUUGCAGCAUAGAUGGUGUUCUGCCUGAGAAGGUCUUUGAAGAGAAGAUGUGUUCAAAAGAAGAGAAUGCAUCUCUACCUGCCCGGCAGUCCCUAAAAGGCCCAGUGAAUAAGUCAGAAAAUUAUUUGCAUGCUUAUGUUGUUGAAACGAAUGGCUAUAAGCAUGAUUUAGUAUCCUCAGUUUUAUGUAGCUAUACCAAGUCAUCCUUGCAAGUUUUGAAACACCAAUUCCGAUUAAUUCUAGGUUCUUCAAUGUAUCUGAAUCAUGGUAUACACUGUCGGCAGCUUUCUUCCAUAUAUGAGGAAAGAACUGGACAAGCAUUGUUUAUGGCAGAGCAUAAUGAUGUCAAAUCUCUUCUGUCUUUAAUGCCUGAGGUUGUCAGCAUCAACUCUACAUCUGACCAGAUCUUUCUUAAUCGAACCAGCCACAACAGUAGAAUACUUUCAGUGGUAAAGUCUGGCAUUAGACAGGUCUUGUAUUGGUGCUUACUGAAGAAUUGUGCUGGUAUUUGGGACCAGCUGCUUGAAGGAUGGUACACCGAUUUUGCUGGUAACUCAUUAGUAAUGACUCUUUCUAAGCAUGGUUAUAUGAUAUCCAAAAAGUCAUAUCUGGCAUCAGUUUCUACCUUUUUGGAGGAUAUGGGUGAUUUUGUCAUCCGCCAUUCUACAGAGGAUGGAUUAUAUAUUUUAUCCAACAAUUCGGAAGAUCCCACUUUAACUGAUGCUAGACUUCUUAGUAUGUCACCAUUAGAUAUUCAAUACGACCCAUUGCGUGAACACUUUCAGUCUUUCUAUGAUGAAGUAGAUGGAUUUGGUGAGUCCAGCUCUGAUAUUUUGGAUCUUCUUACAAGGGAAUCUGUCAACAAAAAUGAAAUUGAUGAUUCUGGUAGUCACGGGGAAUUUUUCAAGCAUGCCUUUGAGCAUUCAUCUUCCAAGGCAUGUUGGAACAUGCAAGGAAGGCAAAAGCUUAUUAUGUCAAAUGCUGACGGGAAGGAUAAUUAUGAGUGUGAUGAAAAUGAACCUCCAUCAGUGACUAGAACUGCAAGAUGAAAUUUCUAUAGGAGUGCAUAUGAGUUGAAGAAUGAAGAUGACAUUGAAUUUAAUCACUAGAAUAAUGAAUUGGAAAAUAAGAAAUCAAGUUUCUCUGCUAAGCUGAACCUGCAAAUAUUGAAUGAAAGAACAAUUUUGAACCACUAGGAUUGUAAAACUAGAACAUAUUCUUGAAUAAAAGGGGGUUUGCUCUAUAAUCUUUUCACUGAAUAGCACACAGUUCAAUCUCUUGGUCAGCAGACAAUUACAGAUUUCUGAAAGUGCAUUGGGUACAAUAUCUCUCAACUGUGUCACAGGCUAUACAAUUCAAACCAGUGGUCUCUGCACAGUUUACCUGGCUGAUGUAAAAAUUAGGGAGCCUCUAAUUUUUCAGUUUCUUUUCUUUCCCUUGAAAAAAUGAAGUCUUAUAAUAUUCAUAAUACAUAUUAUGUAACUGCUUCUGGGCAUGUAGGCCUUCCAUUCUAUGUAUUUUCUGCUAAGCAUGGGACAUCCUUGUUAUUUGGGAUCCCGACAUGAAUAGAAUUAGCUGUAAAUAUUAGAUUUUUU